AAACAGCUGUUGGGUUUCUUUCUGUUUUUGCCUCCAGGUGAACCUUUUGACCCCACGAUCCUUCUGAGCCGCACAAUAUCAAACGUAAUCUGCUGCCUGGUGUUUGGCCAGCGCUUCAGUUAUGAAGACAAGCAGUUUCAGAACCUUCUCAGUUCUAUAUCUAAGUUCAUCAGGUUUAACAGCAGCCCCUUGGGUAUGCUGUACAACAUCUUCCCUUCGGUCAUGCACAAACUUCCUGGACCGCAUCAGACUGUCUUCGCUGGGAUUGAUCAGAUCAGAGAUUUCAUCCAGAUCAAAAUCCGGGAGCACAAAGAGACGCUGGAUCCCAGCUCACCGAGAGACUUUAUUGACUGCUUCCUUAUCAGAGCUCAUCAGGAGAAAGAUAAUCCAUCUACUGAGUUCCACUAUGAAAACCUGGUAUCUACGGUGCUGAAUUUGUUUGCAGCAGGAACAGAGACCACCAGCUCCACCAUCAGAUAUGCUCUCAGUGUGCUGAUAAAACACAAGGACAUACAGGAAAAAAUGCAAGAGGAGAUUAACACUGUGAUCGGCAGAGAUCGGUGUCCCAGCAUGGAGGACAGGAAAUCUCUCCCAUUCACUGAUGCCGUCAUUCAUGAGGCUCAGCGUUUUCUGGACCUCGUCCCCUUCAGCAUCCCUCACUACGCUCUUAAGGACGUCUCUUUUAAGGAUUACGUGAUCCCUAAGGGAACUAUCAUUGUACCCUUGCUGCACUCAGUCCUUAAAGAUGAGAAGCAAUGGGCCACUCCCUUCUCCUUCAAUCCUCAGCAUUUUCUAGACCAAAAUGGCAACUUUAAGAAAAACCCAGCAUUCUUUCCAUUUUCUGCAGGUAAAAGAUCCUGUGUCGGAGAAUCUCUGGCUCGUAUGGAGCUCUUUAUCUUCUUGGUGACGCUCCUGCAGGACUUCCGCUUUUCCUGUUCUGGAGGUCCCAACAGUAUUGACCUCAUUCCAGAAUACAGCACCUUUGCCAAUGUGCCUCGUUCUUAUGAUAUAAUUGCAAUACCUCGAUAAAAAAC